AUGCCGCGCCUAGAGGACGUUAAAAUUCCCGCGAAGCUGCAAGCGCUGCUGGAGAAAGCUCCUCCGCCCGCGCCAGGAGCGCCGAUCGGAAGCACACUGCUAAGCAUCGGCGGCUUCAGCUUCGGCGGAAGUGGCGGAGGAUCGGCAGCUGCCGCGGGAGCCGGUGGCGGAAGCGGAGGCGGAGGCGGAGUGACCCUCCCCCCGCGCCUCCCCGUGCACCAGCUGGGGGGGGUGAAAAACCGACUUAAUCUACAGGUGCAUCACGAUCAGUCGUCGUUCUCGCGUGCGACGUCGCAACCGUCGCCCAAGUCGUCGGCUGCGACAGCCCCUGCGAGCCAGGAGCAGCAGAGGUUACCAGUAGGGCCGCCGUCCGUGCUUCAGCAGCAGCAUCUGCGCCCGCCUCCAGGCCUAGCCGCAGCGGUAGUUGCGGGAGUGGGUAGAGACACCAGAGACAGCAGAAGCAGUCUACGCGACGACGAUAAUGAUUCCGAAACCGGUAGUGUGAUCUUCUCCCCGGUCCCGCAACCCGCGCACUUGCGAAAAGCCGCUGCGCGGAAAAAGAAGAGCGCGGAGGCCAGCGCAGCUGCGCCGGGUGUUGGGACAGGAGGAGCGGGGAUCGGGGGAGGAGGGGGAGCGGCGGGUUCAGGAGCGGCAGGCGGCAUUCAGGAGGGUGGAUCGAGUAACAAGACAGGUUCUGCCCAUGGAAGCUUCAGCAAUCAAACCUCCCCCACUCUCUCCUCCCCUUCCAAUGCGCUCUCUCCCCCCGGACUUGGCGCUACCUCUCUCGCCUCCAGCGCCUCUUCCUCCGCCUCUACCUUCUCCUCCGCUUCCGCCUCCGCGUUUUCCUCCGCCGCCAGCGCUGGCGGCGCUGACGUGGCGCCGUCACACAGCCAAUCGGGGCGCGGCAGGCAGGGCAUGGCGUCGGGGAAGGGGGAUGAGCAGGGGAAGGGGGGAGCGCCUUCACAGUCUCCCCGGUAUCAUCCCCCCCGGCCCUCUCCGCCCAAACAGCAGCCGCAAUCACAGCCGCAACAGCAGCCGCAGCAGCCGCAGCCACAGCAGCAGCAGCAAUUGGAACGUUUUCAAAGGGCUAAGAUGAGGCAGCAGCAGCAGCAGCAGCAACAACAACAACAGCAGCAGCAGCCACAGCAGGGUGGAAUUCCGUGGCUGAACCGAGACGGGGGUGAUGGUGGCGCGGGGGAGGGAGAGUACGAGGGGGAAGAGGAGGAGGAGGAGGAGGGGGACGAGGAGGAGGGUGAGAUGGCGGAGGUGGUGCGGCGGGCGCGCACACUGCCCAACUCCGCGCAGGAGAGCGGGGGAGUGUUGCACGCGCUCACUGUUGCGCUGCAGGCCGUGCAGGACGACCAGCAGUACGAUCCUUCCCCCUACACCCCCUCGCGCCCCUCCCCGCCUCUCCGCAGCUCCAGCACGGGCAGCGCAGCCGCACGCGCGCAUAUGCCCUCCUCCUCCUCCGCCUCCUCCGCCGUUGCUGUGGGGCGUGGGGCAAGCGGCGGCGCUGCGGGCGCCGGGAGAGGCGGCACGGCGUUUCCUCUCUCCUCCUCCUGCAACUCAGUGCCGGGAAGAGCGUCAGGCGCGUUGGGAGCAUCAGGGCCAUCAGGGGGGGCAGUAGGGGCGUCAGGAGCAGGUGCGAGUGUUGGCAGCAGUCGCAACCCGCUCAAGAGAGAGUCGUCUCUGUCGUCCUGUGAUGCCGCCAGUGUGGUUGGCAGCGUGUGCGGCAGCGUGGUGAGCAUCAGCGGCGGUGGGGGGGACAGUGGCGGCAGGAGCAGGAGUGGGAAGAGCAAGGAGGAGAAGCUAGCAGGGCUGCCCAUGCUGCCUCCUCCCCACGCCACUCAGAUUGUCAAGUGCACGUAUUGUGGGCAGAAUCUAUCGCUCCCCAAGAAGCUACCCACGCCCAAGAGUGGCGUGCAGAAGCUGCGGUGUGGUAAAUGCCUCAAAGUCUGCAAAUACCUGCCCUUCCAAUCACCCGUCCCCGCCUCCCCUCCGCCAUCCCACUCCGCCCUGCCCUCCCUCCCCACCUCCUCCCCGAGCUCUCUCCCCGCCUCCUCGCCUCCCUCCUUCCCCCUGUCCGCUACGUCUUGCACUGUGGCGUCAGGGCAAGGCGCGGGGAUGGGGGUUGGGGCGGGCAGGCAGGGGGGAGCGUAUGGUGUGAGCGGGAGCGGGAGCGGGAAUGGGUAUGGGUAUGGGGGGGAAGAGGAAGGGCGGUGGGGGGCGAAUGCGAGGGGUGGAGAGGGUUGGGAGGCUGGAGGAGGGGUUGGGAUGGGAGGUGGAGGGUAUGGUGAUGAAGCGGGGUAUGGUGGGGAGGGGGGCAGUCCAUAUGGGUAUGGAGCGCAGAAUGGGUAUGGACGGGGAGGGGGGUAUGGUGGGGGCGGGGCGGGGGCAGGGGAGGGGGACUGGGAGGAUGAGGAUGGGGAGGCGGAUUUCGGGUUUGAGGACCCGUGCCCUCCUGGAAACGCAGGGAUGGCAUAUGGCCAGCAACAGCAGUGGCAACAGCAACAGCAACAACACCAGCAGCAGCAGCAGCAGCAGCAGCAACCGCAGCAGGUGGGAGGAGUGGGCAGAGGGGGGCGCGUGGGAAACACGGGGUUUCAGAGGGUUCAGAGUGCAGGGGGGAGGGUGCAAGCCGUGGCUGUGGCAGCAGGGAUGGCUCCUGACUCGAGCAGCCGGCAGUUUGUUCGCGCUGGCAGCAGUGCUGCCGCCUACCAAGGAAACUUCAACCUUGGUGAGGGUGCAACCGGGGGAGGUGUAUAUGGCGAGGGGUAUGGGGAGGAGGAAUACAAGGAAGGAAUGACAGAUGAGUACGGAGGAGGGUAUGGUGGCAUGGAUGGGCAGGGAUUUUCAGGGGAGGCGGAAGAGGAGGUGGAGGAGGAGGAAAUUGCAGAUGGGGAGGAGGAUGAGGAAGGGGAGGAGGACAUGUAUGGAGAUCUGGAAACAGAGCUAGAGGCAGCAACAAUGGCAGAAGCAACCGGGGGCGUGUAUAGCCAGUCUGCGUCUCCCUGUACUCCUCACAGAGGUGGACCAGGGAAAUCCAGAGGAGUAGGGGUCGCAUCAGCCACUGCUGGUGCUGCAGGGAGUAGCAUGAAGAGCACGGGCCAAGGGGCAGAGGGCAAGCGCAUGGCACGGUGUAUGACUAUGAACGUGGUGGGUACUGCUAGUUCUGUUGCUACAGCCGCUGCUACAGCCACCACUCCUGGGCAGCACAAGGGCCCACGGCACAUGCGCAGUGGGAGCAGCAGCAGUAGCAGCGGCGCAGGGAUGGCAGGAAACAGUGGCAGGUUCAAGAACCAUGUGCAGAGCAGCCCACCCGGGGGCAACAACCGUGGCAGCAGCAACAACGGGGAGAGCCCACCUAGGGGCUUCUACGGGCAGGGUGCUGCUGCUGGUGCUGCUGCUGCUGCUGGCGGGGCAGACGGGGCGAGUCGUGGUGGUAUGACCAGGGCACGCUCAUCGUUGGAUCUGGAGGCGAAAGGCAGGCCCUUUCCGUCUUCCUCUUCCUCUGUCAUCUCCGCUGUUUCCCCCCGUCGCCCCACCAGCAGAGGCGCCUCCUCCCUCAUCUCCAUGCCUGUGUCCGCCUCUAUUCCUGCAAUGGGUCCCGGUGCGGGGUUUGGGGCCGGCGCCACUGGAGCUAGUGCUGGUGUGGGCGGUGUGUUUCCUGGAUCUUCGUCCGUCCCUGCAGCUACAACCUCCCAGUCGUUCCUGGCCGCGACACAUCCCAGCCACGGCAGGGUGACUGCUCGGAGCAGCAACACAGCGGCACAUGUAGCAGCGACGGCAGCAGCGGUGGCAGCGGCGGCAGCAGGAGGAGGAGGGGUGCAUCAGCAGCACGAGCCGUGGGGCCAAGGCAGACCACCCCCCAAUGGGGUCGUCACAGUGGCUGCCACUGCUACUGCUGCUGCAGGGAAGGGCGCUGCUGCUACCGCUGCUGGCCGAGGUGGGAAGGGGGGCACAGGAAGCAGCAGUCGGGGCAAUUCGAGUUGCUCGGUGAGGAACGGGCAAGGAGGGGCAGCAGCGGGGGUGGUGGGUGGGGGAAGAGGGGAGGAGGCGUACAGCAGGGGCGUGGUGGUGAAUGGCGUGCCCAUCUCAGAUGCGCACGUGCAUGAGGCAGAGGCCAUGGCAGGCCCUAUUCACCCCGGCUCCUACUGGUACGACGCCUAUGCUGGCUUCUGGGGCAUCAUGGGGGGACCAUGCCUUGGAGUCAUCCCGGCGAGCAUAUGGGCGGUGGCGCACGCACCCAUGCCACAGGACUGCUGUGGGGGCACUACGGGUGUGGUGGUGAACGGGCGCGAGCUGACGCCGCGGGAUCUGACCAUCCUCAAGGGGAGGGGGUUGCCCAUGGUGCCGGGGUUCUACUCGCUCACUAUUGAUGGCGAGCUACAUGACGAGUCCACGGGGCGCCAUAUCAAGUCGCUUGGGAAACUCGCUCCCUCGUAA